AACUGAAUUCCUGAAGGAAAGAAAAGGUAGCCCUAGGCCGCUAGGCGGCGCCGACGAGCGGACAAGGCGGUUGCGGUGGGCCGGUGGGGGGCGUGGGGCCAGCAGGGAAUCGCCGGGCGCAGAACCAGGGGCAGCGAACGGCUAGUUGUGGGAGUCGGCGUUGCGACAGUGGCGCGGCCGGCACCCAGGCAGGCGGCGGCCUCUGGGCGUGGCAUGCCGCGCACAGCACAGGAGGCGGCGAGUUCUAGGCGGUGCGUCCUGAGGUCCCGAGCGGUUUUGAGCUCUCAGGCAUAGUCAGCUCCCUCUCUAUAAUGGAUCCUAACAUGAAGCAGCUUCAAGAGGCUCUGGUUGACAUUGAGACUGAUGCAGAACAAGUUCUUCUAGCUAGGCAUCAGUUGGUGGAAAAUGAUAAGAUAAGAAAUGCAAACAGGGAGGCCCUGACAGCCCUCCGGAAACAAGCUAGGACAACCAAAAGCAGUGUGCCAUCUCCCUUUGAGGUCAUAAUGAAAGAGAUGGAAGGAAACUCUGGCAAGCAGCUGAUAAAGGAGAUAUGCCCAACUUGUGGAGACCACGACCCCAAAGAACAUACUUGGCUAAUGUUUCCUGGAUCUGAUGUUUUUGCUCGUGUUCCAUUUCAUGUGGCACACACUGUUCUGGAGAAAGACCAAGAACGCCUUGAUUUCGAUACCAAGAAACUGCAAAGCUUCAUCAAGGAGAAAUCACUUGUGAUCGCUGAGAAAGGCGCCCUAGCAUUAAGAUUCGGUGCUGACACUGUGAAAUCGUUGGUCAGCCUUACAGACACACCUAAGUUGACACGGGAGGGAGCAGAGGUGAAGUAUCAGUUGGGUUAACGGUCCAACCACAAUGUUGUUUCUUGAAUACCUACUGUAUAGAUGUUUGCUUUCGUGUCGGAACAAAAUUUUGUGUGACUGUUAGCACUUGCAAAAAUUUGUUCCAAAUGGAUGUUGAGCUGUUGAACCACAGCUAAUCUGGGUUUUUGAGUUCUGAUUUGCUGUGACAUUGUAACGGAAUCAGUGUGUAGAUCCUGAUGGGGCAUCCUUGAUGAUGGCCUAGCUGUAGUUCCUGAUGGGAAAUCCUUCCUGUUUCAAACUGAAGACAGGUUGAAAGACUUGAGUGCAUUUCUGCA